AUGUCGCUAGAUAGCUGGCAACGCAAAGCACAGACGGGCAGAGACAUUCUCGACAAGUCGAUUCCGAAACAAUGGCUGCUGCCGGAAUCGCAACUUCCACCAGCUAUGCAGAAGAACGUGAUUGAUUUUCCGAGACAAUCUGGGCUCCUGAGUGAGCGCGAGCUGAUAAUUACUGAAUUGUCUGCGACAGAAUUAGUUAGGGAGAUGGGGAAGGGGGAUUUGACUGCUGAGGAAGUUGUUGUUGCCUUUCUUAAGCGAUCUGUGAUUGGACAACAGCUGCUGAACUUUGCGACGGAAUUUCUCGCCGACGAGGCAAUUGCUCGGGCGCGAGAGCUUGAUCAGCACUACAAACAAACGGGGAAACUUGUCGGACCUUUGCAUGGUAUUCCAAUCAGCGUAAAGGAGCACAUCGGGUUCAAGAAUAAGACCUGCAACACCGGAUAUGUGGCUUGGAUUGAUAAUAUAGCUCCCGAAGACGCACACUUGCUACGACUACUAGAAAAUGCAGGCGCAGUGUUCCACGUCCGAACGAAUCAACCCCAAUCACUCAUGCACCUCUGCUGCAGCAACAACAUCACAGGCACAACUUUGAACCCACACAACCGAACAUUAACGCCCGGCGGUUCUUCAGGUGGUGAAGGCGCUUCGGUAGGCUUCAAAUGCGCACCCCUCGGCAUUGGCACUGACAUUGGUGGGUCGAUUCGUUGUCCCGCUGCAUUCUGUGGUGGUUAUGGAUUCCGACCUACCGCGAUGCGCAAUCCCAUGGCUGGAAUUCAAGUGGCGUGUAUUGGGCAGGAGACUAUUCAUGGUGUUGUGGGACCUAUGGGUAGUAGUUCGAUUGAGGAUCUGGAAUUGUUUCAAAAGGCGGUGCUGGAUCAGGAACCGUGGGAUGAUGAGACUUCUUUGAUGCCUGUACCUUGGAGGACUGUGACGCCGACGAGAGAUAUGACUGUUGCUAUUAUGUGGGAUGAUGGAUGUGUUCGUCCUCACCCACCUAUUACUCGAGCUUUGCGAAUGGCAAAGGAAAAGCUCCAAGCUGCCGGGAUCAAGGUCGUUGACUGGGAACCAUAUAAGCACCAGCGUGGCUGGGAAAUCAUUUCCGCCCUUUACUACCCCGAUGGCGCCGCCCUCCAACACCAAAUGCUCCGCGAAUCAGGCGAACCCGCCCGCCCACUAACCGAAUGGGCCUUCUCCUACAGUCGCCCAACACCCCUCACCCACAGUGAAGCCUGGGUGCUCCAGCACUCGCGCGACGAAUAUCGCGACGAGUACCAAGCCCUGCUAAAACGGCGUGGCGUCGACUUUAUCCUCUCCCCCGCUAAUCCAGCCACGGCCGCUGUGAUGGGCGAAUCGCAUUAUUGGAACUAUACCGCGAUCUGGAAUAUGACUGACAUGCCUGCUGCUGUUUUCCCGUCGGGACUUACAGUUGAUCCGGAGCUGGAUGCACUUACGGCGCAGGAUAAGAAGUAUGUCCCGCGUAAUGCGGUUGAUGAGAGAGAGUGGAAUAAGUAUCAGAGUCCGGAGAGGUAUGAGAGUGCGCCUAUUGCGUUGCAGAUUGCGGGGAGACAUUUUAAGGAUGAGGAGACUCUGGCUGCGGCUAAGCUUGUUGAGGAGAUUAUCAAUGGGAAUGGGAUGAGCUCUAAGCUUUGA